GUGGCAGUUUUUGUUGAGUCGAAGCAGAGCUGUAAUAUCAGCUACCUAGCUAACGUAUUAGCUACUGUUUUGUCAUGUCAAGAACAACCCGUCCCCUCACAACACAGGGACGUUAACGAGCUGAUUUCUUCACAUAUCCGCCUUUGGGUUGGAUCAGAGGAUAGAAAUUUGGGAGGAGAGCGCAAAACUGAGAUGAAAUGACAACGUCAACAUUGCAGAAAGCGAUUGAUCUUGUGACCAAAGCCACAGAGGAAGACAAGGCAAAGAAUUAUGAGGAGGCCUUGCGACUGUACCAGCAUGCUGUGGAAUAUUUCCUCCACGCCAUCAAAUAUGAAGCCCACAGCGACAAGGCAAAGGAGAGUAUACGAGCAAAGUGCAUGCAGUACCUGGACAGAGCGGAGAAACUUAAAGACUAUCUGAAAAAUAAAGACAAACAGGGCAAGAAGCCUGUCAAGGAGGCACAAAGCAAUGACAAGAGUGAUAGUGACAGCGAGGGUGAAAAUCCAGAGAAGAAGAAACUACAGGAGCAACUUAUGGGUGCCAUUGUGAUGGAGAAGCCCAAUGUGAGGUGGAACGAUGUGGCCGGACUGGAGGGAGCUAAGGAAGCUCUGAAGGAAGCUGUCAUUCUGCCCAUCAAAUUCCCUCACCUCUUUACAGGAAAGCGGACUCCGUGGAGAGGCAUCCUGCUGUUUGGUCCUCCAGGGACGGGGAAGUCGUACCUGGCGAAGGCGGUGGCCACCGAGGCCAAUAACUCCACCUUCUUCUCUGUCUCCUCCUCAGACCUUAUGUCCAAGUGGCUGGGAGAGAGUGAGAAGCUGGUGAAGAACUUAUUUGACCUGGCUCGCCAGCACAAACCUUCAAUCAUCUUCAUCGAUGAGGUGGACUCGCUGUGCGGCUCCAGGAAUGAGAACGAGAGUGAGGCUGCUCGCCGCAUCAAGACAGAGUUCUUGGUCCAGAUGCAGGGUGUGGGAAACAACAACGAUGGUAUUUUGGUGCUGGGAGCCACCAACAUCCCUUGGGUGCUAGACGCUGCCAUCCGCAGAAGAUUUGAGAAACGUAUCUACAUCCCUCUGCCGGAGGAGCCAGCUCGGGCCCAGAUGUUUCGACUUCAUCUGGGCAACACGCCACACAGCCUAAGCGAGGCCGACUUGCGACAGCUCGCCCACAAGACAGACGGUUACUCUGGCGCAGACAUCAGCAUCAUAGUCAGAGACGCUCUCAUGCAGCCCGUUAGGAAGGUCCAGUCUGCCACCCACUUCAAAAAGGUUCGCGGUCCAUCCCGAAGCAACAACCAGGUGAUGGUGGAUGACCUGUUGACUCCUUGUUCCCCUGGCGACCCUGCAGCCAUAGAGAUGACUUGGAUGGAUGUGCCUAGUGAUAAGCUAUUGGAGCCCAUAGUCUGCAUGUCGGACAUGCUGCGCUCUCUGUCCACCACCCGUCCCACAGUCAACACUGAAGAUCUCCUGAAGGUCAAGAAGUUCACAGAGGACUUUGGGAUGGAGGGCUGAGAGACAGAGCCCUGCCUCACCUCUACCCGGUCCACGAGAAGGGUCAAACUGCUCCCAACAACACUCAUCAACCCUCCUAAACUGCUGUAUCAUCCCGUAGCUUUCAUCUCUCAGCUGAGCGCUUGGUUCACUGCCUCUCAUGGAUUUCAAAAUAAGAGACUGGUCCUUUCGAACAAAAGAAAGGGCAAGAAAUCUUGUAUUUCUUACUUUUAAUCAUUAAGGCCAGAAUUUUUUGAAUCCUUGGAGGAAGUUGACUAAAUGCUACAAUAGAAAAUCUUAGUGUGAUUUGGUAGUUGGACAAUAGCGCCCAUGUCCUUUUCCCCAUUUCAGACGAUGUUCCGUUACAAAGCAGCCGCUACAGUGUAUUCACUACAAGAACUUCUCAUCUAAUCUGCAUUUACGCAAGGAAAGCUGCAUUUGAAUCUAAAUGCGUUAAGUUUGUCCCUCUCUGAGCCGAUUUUAUCUGACUGAAGGACUGUACAUUUUGUUGCCAUCGUGCACUUUGCUUUGGGUUGCAAUGAAGGACAGUGACAUUUGAAGAAGAAACAAAAGAAGAUAGUACUCCUGCCAGGCAUGCGAGUGUGUGAAUGCAUCCAAGUGUUUUUAUGAGACUUGUGUGUCUUAAUGUAUAUGUCUAUAUGUUUGGAGCCCUGUUAUUUUGUUAUUUGAUGAAGAGUUAAUUGAUCAUCACUGCCUGUGUGUCCCUCUACAGCUCUUUGUUUAUGUCUGCAGCAGUCCGAGCAAGGCAUUCAUGGUCAAUAUUUACGACAAGAGAUGUGCUUGACUGAGAGCCAAACACCACAUUUUCCCUAUCUCAUCGUAAGGUUCAUUUAGUAGCUUUUCUGGAGCUUUUGGUCGUAUCACAUGAUCUUCCUUAGCAGAUAUUCACUUUUGGUGGUAUUAUAAAUGGUCAGUUUUUAUUUUCUCAUCCAUGUUGGCUUAAAACUUUGAGGGUUGAAAGGUCAUACUCGACAUUGGAAACAACAUUUAGCAGCUGUUCUGGAGCUUUCGAUAUAUCACAUGAUCUUCAUCACCACAGUUCUUGAGUCAGCAAUAAUGAGAAGUCCAUGAAAUGCUCAGAAGAAAUUCUUGGCAAACUCCAUCUGCUGAUAAAAGUUAGAUUGUUUUCUGAAUUACAGUUUCCAAAAUCAACGAUACACUUUGAUCCUCAGCUCCAGUUGCUCUGUUUAAAUCAGCUAGUUUCUGCACUGCAUUUCCCAGAAUACACUGGCCUGACUGUGAUUCAUACUGCGAUAGUUUUCCUCUUGGAUCUUCCAUUGUGGAAGUUACUUUGUAGUCUGUUCAGCAGCGAUACAUGAGUGCCCAACUUGAAGAAUCUUCUUCCUCUCGUUAAAAAGAAUCAAUCAAGCACAUCUCUUAAAAUCUGAACACUUUUAUUUUGUCUCGUUUGCCCAGCUGCAAAUUGUUCAACAGUGUUAAAAAAAUAUUGAUACUUUGUUAAUCACAUCUGACAUGUAACUUGACUGACGAUAAUAGAGAUACAGUUUACACUUGAAGUUAUUUAUUUUGUUGUUGUUUUAUGAUGGCGCUCUAGUGAAAGUCCUGGGUUGUUUUUUUUUUUUCUUUUGGGAGGCUAAAACACACCGAGUUCUACUCUGAGGUCAACACCACCAUCUUGUUUCAUUACUGUCUGUUCGGGGCUGACAAUAAGGAAAGCGAGCCCUGCUGGCUAUCAAGAAGCAGCACCACACUGUUUGUCAGUUUUAAAUUAUCUUUUAAAAUCUGCUAUUGGAUGUUUGUUCUGUAACAACUCUGACCUCUCACUAUCAAACCAGAACCACAGGCUUGUCUGCUAACUCAGUGAUGGGACUUCUUGUGAUAGCUCAGUGCUAGUAUCGCUGUGUGUUUGUGGAGGUACAUACUGAAUCAGUGGGAGGUCAGUUAUUAACGUCCCUGUACGGGGACUUAACCUGCCGCUGGCCAUGUAACCAUUACUACUAAUUUAACCUGCAUUAAUAAAAACUGACAUUUCAAAUGAAAAUAAAAGACAGUUGAUCUUUU